AUGUCUGAUUGUGGCAAACCAGAACCCUCAUCGACCGUAGAUAAGAACCCGCAGAUGAAACGUCAGAAUCCGGACAACACCAGACAACCUGGAGGCAAACGCUACCGCAUCGACGCGUACAAUGAAGCACUCGCAGAAGGCAAGUUUGAGCUUCGUAUGUUGAUCCCCACAAAAUGUGCUGGGGCUGUUAUUGGACGUGGUGGAGAAUAUAUCAAACAGAUGCGUGAAAAGGUAAUUUACAUGAACCAAUUUUUGAUAUGGGACUUUAUCUGGCAUUUAUUCCGGUGGUUUAACUAAUUGGCUUGAUAAAGCAGGGAACAUCGCCGCAUGUUCGCUAGUAACCCUUCCUGUUUGCAGUUUGAUGCCUCCCUCACUGUACCCGAUAGGAAUACACCCGAACGGUAAUUUUGUUUCCCAUUACUUUAAUCGUCCACAUGGAUACUCCAGUUCCGCCACCUGAAGACCCACUAUUCUGUAAAUACCGCCUUGGGGAUAUUGCCAUUCUUUGAGUUUUGUUUUUAAUAUUAUUUCUUGUUUAGAGUGUUUACGAUUAUUGUGGCACAGGAUCGUCUAGAGGAAUGUGUUUCUGAGGUACUUGAACGUUUGGGAGAAGUAAGUGUUCUACGUUUUGGGUUAGUUUUUAGAUGGCUUUUUUGUAUUAAAACCGUUGUGGAUCUAAAAACUAAAAUUUAGUUGCAGGAGAUACAAAGCAAGAAGCCAGGAGAGAUUGAAGUCAAGCUUCUGGUGCACCAAUCUCACGCUGGCGCUAUUAUUGGCAGAGAAGGAUCUAAAAUCAAAGAACUGAGAGAACAGACCGAGUCUAAUCUCAAACUUCAUCAGGAGUGCUGUCCGAUGAGCACGGACAGAGUUGUUCAGAUCACCACUCUUGCCGAGCGGAUGCCGAGUGUUAUCAAAACUUUGGUCGAUUUCCAAAGAGACGUAUGUUUGUUAAAAAUAUUUUAAAUAUAUUUUGAUUUUAUGGGAUGAUGUUGUAAACUGUUAUUUUAGAUAGCAAUCAAAGGUAUCCAAAAACCAUACGAUGCUGCCAACUACGACCCGAGAAUGGUGUUUGGUUACGGAGGCUACGGAUCUGAGAGAUAUGGAAGAGGUGGACCAUCAUUUAAUGACUAUUCUCGUGGCGGAGGUGCUGCAAUGCCACCUUACGGAGGACAACCUCCUUAUUCAAGAGGUGGUUUACCUUCGGCUGUCGGAAUGCCUGUGCCCGGAGGGUUCCUAGGAGGAGAUCAGGGACAAAUAUCGACAACUCAAGUCACCAUUCCUAAUGGUCUUGGAGGUACCAUCAUUGGGAAAGGAGGCGAACGUAUCAAUCGUAUCCGCAGGGAGAGUCAUGCUCGGAUCGACAUUGGAAAUGCAUAUGGAAACGACGAACGUAUUAUCACGAUUGCAGGAACUCCAGGACAAAUACAGACGGCUCAGUAUUUAUUGCAACAAAGGCGAGUUAAUAUAUAUAUAUAUUUUGAAUUGUUAACUUUAAAUUUACUUAAUGUUAUACUUAAGUUUAACUUUUGAGUACAAUGUCUAAUAAUUUGUUUUAGUGUUCGCACAUCGGAAGCUGGCAGACGGUAUCUACAUGACCAAAAAUGA